CAGCGCGUCUCUCGCCGCGCCUUGCAUGCCGUGUGACCAGCAUCACAGAGCCGACAAGCCGUCCUACGAACCGCCGUCCUCACACCAGCACAGCGAAAAUAAAACCCAAACGAUGACAUACUUACAAAAACGACAGAAGCAAACAUUAAUUUGACAACUUCCGACUCCCCGCACCUUGCCUUCGCCGCUUCUUGCUCUAAGUGCCCCGCUCCGACUUUCCGGCCCCUUCUCCCCCCCCAGCCCAUCGGCCCUCCAGUCCAACAGGACCAUGAUGCUCAGCAGCUCCGUGGAGGUGCCCCGCCCGGGAGGGAUGAGUGGCUUGAGCGGGCUGAGCACGGCUGCCCGGAACGUGGUGCGCUCCUCCAGUAUCUCGGGGGCCAUGUACAGCCUGGAGAAAAGUCCUGGCAGCGGGGGCCCAGACUCUGCAUCGCUGACUGGGACUAAGAAGCGGCGCUCCAGUUUGGGUGCCAAGAUGGUGGCCAUUGUGGGGUUGUCACAGUGGAGCAAGAGCACACAGCAGCUCAACCAGCAAGAUGGCGGGACAAAGAAGCUCCGCAGCACCAUCCGGCGAAGCACGGAGACCGGAAUCGCCGUCGAGAUGAGAAACCGAGUGACACGGCAGGGCAGCAAGGACUCAACCGACGGCAGCACUAACUCAAACAGCUCCGAUGGAACGUUUGUCUUCCCUACCACACGCCUGGGGCCUGAGAGCCAGUUCAGUGACUUCCUGGACGGACUAGGCCCCGCUCAGAUCGUAGGCCGGCAAACAUUAGCUACACCCCCAAUGGGGGAUGUGCAUGUAGGCAUGGUAGACAGAGGAGGGCAGCUAGAGGUGGAGGUCAACCAGGCCAGAGGGUUGACCCCCAAACCAGGCUCCAAGAACAUACCAGCAACCUAUGUGAAGGUGUAUCUUCUGGAGAACGGCGUGUGCUUGGCUAAGAAGAAAACCAAAGUAGUGAAGAAGACUCUGGACCCCACCUACCAGCAGGCUUUGUUGUUUGAUGAGAGUCCUCAGGGCAAAGUCCUACAGGUAAUAGUGUGGGGGGAUUACGGGCGUAUGGACCACAAGUGCUUCAUGGGAAUGGCCCAAAUCCUCCUGGAGGACUUGGACCUGUCUGCCACAGUCAGCGGCUGGUAUAAGCUGUUCCCUACCUCCUCCCUGGCAGACCCCAGCAUCGGACCCCUCACCCGACGCCUCUCUCAGUCCUCCCUGGAGAGCGCCACCAGCCCUUCAUGCACCUAGACACCCAGAAUACAUACACACACGCGCGCGCAAGGCAGAGUCACGCAGACACAGGCGCACGUACUGUAUAUACACGACGACUAUGUAAGUGCAAAGCCAGGUAGGCAUACAUACACAAAGAGAUGCAUCCGUGCAGGAAGACACACUUGACAUACACACAAAUACCUGAUCCCAGCCACAUUGACACACAUGCACUCUCAACAUGCUGCCAUAGUCUUUACUGGAAUAUCCUCUCGACUGUCCGUUCACACUCUCACCCACCGCUCAGUGUUUACUGGCAAAACGAUUAGCAGAUCCAAAACGGGAGAAGGCGUAAUUUACCUGAACAUGUAGCAUUUUUCCACCCACCUGUUUCCAACAUCUCAUACCACGAAAACCAGGAUUCACCGGGUGCCGUGUUCUGCAGCCCAAGAUUUUCCGUGGCACAGCUCAUCCCAGGGCACAUCCUGAUGCCAGUUUCUAAACUCUCUAUGCCAAACUAAGAAAAAAAACUUUAUUUUUUAAACCAAAGCAAUUGUUAUUGUUGUUAAUAUUACUAUUAUAAGUAGUAGGUGAACUAGUAUACAAUAUAAAAUAUGGAUAUGUAGCAGAGUCAAUGACUUAGAUGUAAUGCAAAAAAAAAUUAAAUAAAAAAAUGACGAUACACUUCACACACACACGCGCACACACACAAGCUGGGGACGGGAGGCCAAACACAUACACAUACCUGGAUAACAGGCUCGGAUAUUCACAUAAUGGCUAUUAUGUGAGGUAGCAACACUGCUAUUCUAUAAUUUUCACAGGGCAGAGUUUAUAUAUAGAUAUAUAUAUCAAAAUAGAUAUAUAGUUAAAAACUUACUUGUGUUUAUAUAUAUGUGUCGGCUGCAUUCUGCAUGUUUGCUUGCGAGACAUUUUAAAGUGCUUAAACCUUUUUCAUUUAGCUUGCUUUGACCAAUGUGACAGCAGUGUAGUGCUGCUUUAUUUUGUGCCGAGAAGGGAGCACACCGCACUGAGUUGGGGAGAAGGAUGGGGCUGUGGUGAUGGCGGAGCGAAGGGGUUGGCUGCCAUCGCUAUCUGCAGAAGACGAGAACAAAAUAAGCCAGCCAGCCACACGUUAGCGGACAAACACAUUUAUGAUCCCUGCCUUCACCUUAGGCGUUCGGAGAAAUGUGACCGCUUUGUAGCCCGUCCUCGCGUAUUCUGGGGAAAGGGCCUCUACCAGCACCUGGACUUGUUCCAGCUUCCAGUUGAUUUCCCCAUUUUUGUUGCCGUCCUACUUGAUGAGGGAUGUGGGGAGAUGGCCGGCGUGCCUCUGCACCUCUCCUUUUCCGAUCAGAUGUAGCCGGUGUUGUGCCAAAAAAUAAACUGUUGUAAAUGGCCUUGCUGGCCUAUAAUCUGUGAAACAUAUGUCAAACCUGUUUCUCAUGAAUGAUAUCAAGUCCUUUUGAGCCACAAACAACAUUCCUGUCACAAGCUACAUUCAGUUUUUUGGCAAAGUGACUCUUAUAAAUCCUUUAUUUAUCUAGCUUAGAAGUGUCAUUUACAUUAAAAAUGUCUUAUUGUAAUAGAAAUCCAGCCAAGAGGGCAACAGAAAUUGCAACAAAUAUAACAUAAAUGUUUUAGAAAGGCCAAAAGAGACUGGAUUGAUUAUAAUGUAGGUGCAAAUAAUACACAAUUAUAAUAAGAAGCUUUCAAAACAGGUAGUUUCUUCAUUUUGUAUAUAAGCCCUUCAGAAAUCCAAUAGACUCUGUAGUCUGUUUACCAAUAUAAGCAAAGAGAUUAUACAUAAAAAACACACAGGAACAUCGGGAAUGACUUUUUGGGACAACACCGGAAACAUUAACAUGCGCACAGCUUGUGAAACCUUUAACCCUCCUAACUUUCCCUUUGACGCUAACUAAACCUCUUUUAAACGUGUCAGCGUGAAUUGAAUUUCUUUGCGAUAGCCGACUAUUAUGUCAGCAUUACAUUUACUAGCAUACCUGCCAUAUGGUGGUUUUACUUGUUUCAGGUGCAAAUGUGGCAGUGACACAUCUUCAGCACUCUCGUUUUAUAUUUCCCGUCAGGCGGCGUGUUUGCGUUUUCUUUAAAUAGCACUUUACUGUAAAAUAUUCACGCUGAGCUCGCAGCGGUUGACUGCUUCUUCUUUUUUUUUUUUUUUUGCGUUUUUAUUUAGUCACACUGCGCUGCACAAUUGUUUUGAAUUGCAGCAUGGAAAUGUAAGUCGAGUGCACUAGAACAGCUGAUCCAGGUGACUUCUGCUGCCGGAUUUAGAUUUCUUGAAGACUUUUAACCUUUUCCCAUUUACAUUUCCUCUGAGUCCGCUUUGCACUAACUAUAAGGGUGUUUGCAGAAAAAAUCAACAAAACAGUUAAAGGUGUGAUGAUGAUGGAGUCUUCACUGGCAGCAGAGGAACUAGCACGCCAAAUUAAGCUACUGCUUUCUUACUGGUUUAUUUAAGGUGCAGAUGUCUGGGGGGAAGGGUUUAUUAUUUUUUUUCUGACCAACAUCAAUCCUUGUAUAUAUUUCUGAUACAUGAACAUGGGCAAAGGCGCUAACAGAGAUCAUAUUUUGAAGAGGUGCAAAGUCUCGAGUUCCUCUCUUAAAAGCUUCUACGUGUUUAUGAGCUCUGAAUUUGCUUUUAUCACCACCACAUGGUUUUUUUUCAGUCUCAUUUAUUCCUCUCUCCUCAUCUUUCUGCAAAAAAAAAGGGAAAAUGCGAGGUUUUUUUUAGUCUCGCAGCACCUCAGAACAACACGAUUCACGUUUCAAUGCUUUUUGAACUUUGGAUAAACUAAAGGGAUAUCUGGCAUUCUUGAAUUUUUGGGAGGAUGAUUUAUGAUGUUUAUUUUUAAUCCUCCUAUCAUAUGUAUACAAAAUGUUUUCUUUGUUAAAGAGGUGUUGUCAUUUGUUUUAUGGUUCGGAGCUAUUCCUUGCUGGAUCUGUACUUGUAUGGUCCUGCCUAUGAAGUAAUUUUAUGUAUUGAUUUUUUUCUUGGGACAGCUGGCAUGUUAUACAAAUAUGGAAAAAAAAAAAAGGAAGAAGAAUCCUCAAAAAAACAAGAUAAUGAAAUUUAUAGAUCUGUGUAACUUCCCUGCUUAUUGUUCCACUCCUUGGUAAACUAUCAAAAUACUGUUAAUGUUUUUCCAGGCGUUUUGGAGCUUUUAUGAGACUGCGUGUGUGUAUGUGUGUCCCUUUGCUAUAUAUCAAUCAUCCCCAAAGCAUUACCCAUUCUCAUGAUUGAAUAGAUGCAAAGAAAUGUAUUAUAUAUCUUAUAAGAAAGGCAGGAUUAGCCAAAAUUUGCCCAAAUCCUUUGAUUCUUGCAACCUAGAGGAUAAGUUUUAAAUAUUGCCUUUGUUUAAAGUGUAGUGCGGGUGUAUGUCUUUUAGAGAGAUGCAUUUAGUGAGUUAGUGUGAUGCAUAAUGAGCGACAGGGCAGCAAGGUGUGAGUGGAUCAGAGUUUUCACAUAUGAACGCCAACAUUAACUUUGAACUUUCUCUUUACCUUAGAUUUAAAGAAAAAAAAAUUAUUAUAUAUAAACUGUAGUGUCACCUGAUCAUUGUGCAUCGUCUCACACAAGGUCAUUUGAUUUAUUUGGACACAGUCUAUUAACUUUGCUAGUUUUAAGAGAUUUAACAAAAAAGGGGGUCGAAGCCUCAUUAGCAGCAGGGAUGGCGGGACGGAGAUCAAGCAGGUUGUCAGUCUUCGUGCUUUUGUGGAGCUGAGUGACGCGUAGACUGUUUUCGUUUUCUUUUUGUCAAUGUGAAGGUGUGCAGAUGCAUGAAGUCGACACGGCUCAGGUGAUAUUUGAAUGGAGAGGCUGCCAAUGCUCAGAAUGUAAAACCCCACAAACUUGCUAUAAAAAAGCAUCUUUUUAACCCAAAAAUGUAUUGUGUGCAACGCAUCUUAAUAACACAUACCUGAGUCAUAGUUUGUGCACUAUAUCGAAAGUGUAUUUUAUUUUUCUAAGGACAGAGGUAUUAUUCAGAGAAGGAGGAGGACAGCGUGGGCAAAACCCGCCUUUUAGCUUUUUUUGCAAAAACGAGGGCUUGUUCAGUUUACAAUGGCCUUACUUUGCGUAGGAGACGUUGCUUCACUCUUGUAGCACACAGCUGAAAGUUUUGAACAAAUGUAUUUUGCUUGAGAUAUUGUACCGAAGUUCUCUAUGUGUAUAUGUAUAGUUUUAUGAAUGUAUUUCUAAACCCUUACACCGAGGAGGAGUGUAACUCUUUUUCGUCAUCUUGUUUGCUAUACCGUCUCUUCUGGAGACUUUCCGGGGACCCCGCCUGCACCCAAUCAGGCGGCCCCUACUUUUACUGUACUGUAAUACUGUAUGUCUUAUGAUUUGUGUUUUAAAGGAACAGCUCUGUGUUUGUAAACAAGCAUGAAUUCCGUCUGGCGAGAUGCGGUUAUUUUAUUUAUUUCAAUCGCCAAGAUGGGUUUUGAGCAGAAGGGAUUGCCCUCCCCCCGCCCCCAACCCUUUGUCUAUCAAGCUGAUGGAAUUAUUAUAUUUGUAUUUUGAUCUAGGAAAUAUUUGCCGCAUGGUUACUCUGAUCUUUGCAUUUCUGACCUUGUAUUUAACCUUUAAUGAUGGUUUGAUCACGAUGAGACCAACAAGUGACAGCGGUGGGGGCAAUCAGACCCAGAACAGCAUCCAGAGAGAUGCAAAAGAACUUUUAUGAUUAAAAACACUGUUAUCUUACAGUAGCAUGAGCCAAGCCUUACAUUUUCUGAUGUUUUCUUCUGGCAAUAAACAUUGGCUGUAGCAUUUGCUGUCGUGGGCGCCUUCGCCCACGGCUUCACUCUCUCUCUCUCUCUCUCUCUCUCUCUCUCUCUCGUGACCCCAGAGCUGAGCAUGGGGCGCCAAAAAGUGAUUUCCGGUAUUCGCCCAAAAAGUGAUUGGCCUAAUUUGUCAGAAAAAUAUAUCAGACUAAUUUCUCAUGAAUGAUAUCAAGUCAUUUUAAGCCAGAAAGAAGUUCCCCAUCACAAGGUAGAAGCUUGAAUCAGGUUUUUUGGCAAAGUGACUGUUAGAUUUCCUUUAUAUAUAUAUGGGUAAAAAGUCUCAUUGACAUUAAAAAUGUCUUUUUCAAGAGAAAUCUGGCCAAGAGGGCGUCAAAUAUAACAUCACAGUUCUAGAAACAUACUGUAAGGGACCAAAAGGGAAUGAAAAACCAGUUAUUUCUUUAUUUAUAUAUGACCCCUUCAUACAUCUACAGUCUAUUUACCAAUAUGAGUAAAGAUAUUAGACAUCAAAGAAACUCAUAGAAACAUCAGAAAUCACUUUUUGGCUUUUGGAACAACACUGGUAUCAGUUGAGCUACCAUAAAUAAGAUAAAAGUGUACCCACAAAUUUAAGCGCUGGGAUAAAUUUAACAAAGCAUGCAGUGCAUUGUGAUUUACUGCUGUAUGACAGUAGAGCUCGUGAUAAACAAGUUUAAUUUUCUCUUCGACGUUGCAUUCCAGACGCAUGCAUUCCAGGUGUUUGAUUUGCCAGUGUUACAGCUGUCCAUGAGAACAAACACAGACAUUGCCAUUUACCUGACGGCAUCAGUUCAUUUGUCUUCAUCCACGUCUAUGUCAGCGAUCACAGCACAAGUUUUGCUUUGUAACCUUUCUGUCCUUUUUCGCCAUCUGUCAGAUUGUAUUACGGCCAUAGUAGCUCCCCUCCCCGCUAUCAAGGCAAACCUUAUCAAGCCUAGGAAAGCACAGAACACAACCCAAACUAAUGGUUUAACUAAUAUUUAAAUGGACCACAAUCACAUUCCCAAAGCACAUGUAGUAGACUCGAUGCCUCUUUUUCCCUGCAAAUUACGGAUUCAUCAUCCCAGUUCAAUUGGAAUAGCUGGUUUUGGUAAAUGAGGGUUUGUCUUUUCCGAUCUGGCCUUAAACGUUCCACCAAGAAGCAAAACAAAGGAUAGCGUAGCUGCCUGGCUGAUGAAAGGAUGUGGUUUAUGGCAAAGAUGAAGGAAAAAACAAAACAAAACAAAGGGAGCUGUAAUUUUAUACCUGUGCUUUGUAAAUGUUUUCUAUGUGCAGUAUUUGAUAAUGUAAAACUGGUAUUUUUGUGGUUUGUACGCUGCAAAAUUGAUUACUUAAGGUGCACGUAGUUUUGUAAGAAAAUAGAACCAAACUGAGGAGAAAAGGAAAAAAAACAAUGGGAUUCAGAAGCCUGUAUUUGCAUGCCCUUUGACAUCUGGACGCAAAGUCAAUAAAGUUUAUUUGAA